UUUUUCUGGAAGAAAACGGGUUUCAUUGAGGCAGCUUGUCAGAAUUGCUGCCGCUCGGAUGCAGCUUUCGCCUGAGUGGUUGGCGAGAUCGACACCGAUGCGCGUGUGAUGGACACGCAGCACAGUUGCUGGAUGAGUACAGUGGGCUGCCUCUCGCCACUUUGCGCUGGCCAGCAUCCGUUUCUAUGCGAUGCAUUUCUCGGACGGGUCAAUGGAAGGACACAAAACAGGGAUACCUGCUCUUCCGCGAUUCUCGCCGAUGUCUCUGCCGGGAGAUGUUAUCGACCAGGUGCUCGUGCCCGGGCCAGCAGCGCACACGCAAUCCUCGGCUCGUGUAUAUCACGAUCUUGUAGAGAUGCUGGCUCUGUUCCAAGAACCCACUGCAUGAGGGCUCUUACCCCACACACAGAAAGGCGCUCUAGCAAACAGGGAAUACCAUUGAGCAAUUCAGGUCACGCACAUUGGCUGCUUGUGCCCAUCCAUUUUUGUCCACUUGGCAGCGGCCAUUUAGUGGCAAUCUUGCAACACAGCUCAGACAAUGUUGUUCUUGUGAUGUCUGGGCAUCCACAUGUGGAUACAGGCAUGCUGUGCAUCUUGCUUCUGCCCUCCCAUCCAAACAUCAAGCACCCGCUGUUUUCUGGGCACCCAACCCGGGGACGCACAAUACGUUGUCAGCUGGGCACUCCCAUCGUUUUUAUGCAGAAACGCAAUCUCCCUCUUUCUUUUUAUUUCCGUACAUGCAUGUCGAGAAGCGAGCAAGGCGAAACAUGACAGAGCGUCUAGCAAUCGUCGAGAUCUUCUGCCCGGCAAAUGAUAAGAAGUGGCCCGAUAUUUACACCGAGUCUGAGCAAAUCUCGGCGGAGAGUACUGAGCGAUACGUCUGCAGCAAGACAUGGAUGUCCCAUCUGCCGGCCUUUACUCGGAUAAGAUCUUGGCCCAGGUUGCACCUCCGGCGACGUCGCA